CAGAAAAUACCCCUUUUCCCAUGAAAUAAACAAAUAAAUAAAUCCCCGAGCCAUUUCUAGUAGAGGUGAAAUUGGGGUUAGGAAAAAUCUUGACAGAAUGAGUUCAUUUUCCUUUCCCGUCUGCUCUCACCAUCUUCACGCAGCGAUUCGGAAACCGAGAUCUCUAGAAGUCAAUUUGCAAAGAAAACCUAGAUUUCUUUGCCUCCAUGGCUUCCGAACCAGCGGCGAAAUCCUGAAGAAACAGCUCGGAAAAUGGCCGAUGUCCGUCCUCGAUCAACUCGAUCUCCAGUUUCUCGACGCUCCAUUUCCUGCACAAGGAAGUUCCGAUGUUGAAAGAUUCUUCGAUCCUCCCUAUUUCGAGUGGUUUCAAUUCAGUGCGGAUUUCACAGAAUAUCGAAAUCUCGAGGAGUGUCUCUUAUUCAUCGAGGAUUACAUGCUUAAUCACGAACCAUUUGAUGGACUCCUCGGUUUCUCACAGGGGGCGAUGUUAUCGGCCGUGCUACAGGGACUUCAAGCAACGGGAGCUGGUCUGACAAAAGUCCCUAAGAUCAAGUUCGUGAUCAUCGUCAGCGGAGCCAAAUUCAACCAAUUUCUGCCUCACAAAGCUUUCUCGACUUCCAUUGGAUGCCCAUCCCUCCAUUUUCUGGGUGAGCGAGACCCGAUGAAGCCCCAUGGAGUGAAGCUUCUCGAAUCAUUUAUUGACCCAUUAGUAAUUUAUCAUUCUAAAGGCCACAUAGUACCUACACUCGAUCACGAAGCUGUGAAGAUUAUGCAGACUUUCAUUCAUGUGAUUUCAAACACAUUCAAUGUUUAAUUAAACUAUCAAUUAUGCAUA